AGAAAAGCGAAAUAACCGAGUUCGGAGCUCAAAGCUAACAUAAGCAGAGCCCUGAAGUCACCCCUUGGGUCGUAAUGGCGGGGAGAAGACAUUGCUGUGAAAUCGGUUAGAGACUUUGGAAAACAAGGACCCAGAAAAUAUGGAAAGGGUGAUUCUGGGAGUUGUAGUUCGAAGGCUUCCUGUGCCUAACCACACCCCUCUCCCCAGGGAGCCGAGCACGAGGAGGAUGCGCGCGCAGUUUCGUGGGUUGCCAAGAAUGCUUCGCUCCUGGACCCACUCGUUUGCAGUCAGGCUUGGGUCCUAUACCCACGCAUCGGUGCCCCUUAGAAGAGCUUGAAACUGCUUAACCCAAGUGAAGGGGAUAGGCUCCCUGCUGGAAAUUCAGAUUUGAAAUUCAUGGGGAGAGUCUUCUAUAAAAACCACUAAACAAGGUGAUGGCUACUCUGUUAAGCCCCCAACUUCUGACUCCACAUGAACAAGACUGGAUCCUGAAAAUUAAUGUACCUUGGAGGGAAGAAACUAUGUUACGAAGAGAUAAAUCAGACCCUGAAGCUGCUCGACAGAGUUUUAGGUGGUAUCAAUACCCAGAAUUGGCUGGACCUCAAGAAGCCCUCAUCCAACUCAGAGAACUCUGCUUUCAGUGGCUAAGGCCAGAGAUUCACACAAAGGAAGAAAUCCUGGAGUUGUUGGUGCUAGAACAAUUUCUGACCAUCCUUCCUGGAGAUAUCAGGAUUUGGGUAAAGUCUCAGCAUCCCACAAAUAGCAAAGAGGUAGUGAGCCUGGUGGAGGACUUGAUCCAAGCAGCUGAGGAGAGAGCUAUUAAUCCUCAGGACUCUAGCCUUCUUCAGGUGGAUGAAAGAGAAGAAGAGAUGAUGGCUCCUGAACUGACUUUGAGAUCCCAGGAGUCUGUGACAUUCAAGGAUGUGGCUGUGGAUUUCACCCAGGAAGAGUGGGGGCAGUUGGAUUCAGAUCAGAGGGACCUAUACCAGGCUGUGAUGCUAGAGAACUACAGGAACCUAGUUUUUCUGGGGCUUCCAGUUUCCAAACCAGAAUUAAUUUCCCAUAUGGAUCAAGGGGAAGAGCCAGGAAUCCUGGAGAGAGAAACCUGUGGUGAAAGCAUACACAUUACUCAACAUCCGGAAAUUUAUGCUGAAGAGAAACGCUAUAAAUGUAAUGAAUGUGGCAAAGCCUUUAGCCGGAAUACAUUCCUUACUCAACAUCAAAGUAUUCAUACUGGGGAGAAACACUAUAAGUGUAGUGAAUGCAGCAAAGCCUUCAGUCAGAGAACACACCUUGUUCAGCAUCAGAGAAUCCACACUGGAGAGAGACCCUACGAAUGUAAUGAUUGUGGAAAAGCCUUCAGCCAGAGAUCCCACCUUGUUCAGCAUCGGAGAAACCACACUGGAGAAAAACCUUAUGAUUGUAACGAAUGUGGGAAAGCCUUUAGAGACAGUUCAUCUCUUAUUCGACAUCAGAUCAUCCAUACUGGAGAAAAAACAUAUGAAUGCCUUGAAUGUGGAAAGGCUUUCAGUCACAGCUCAAUCCUUACUCAGCAUCAGAGAAUUCAUACUGGAGAAAAGCCCUAUGAGUGUAAAACAUGUGGAAAAGCCUUUAGUCACAGUUCAUCCCUUAGUCACCAUCAAAGGAUCCACACUGGAGAGAAACCUUUUGAGUGCAAUGAAUGUGGAAAAGCCUUCAAUAACAGCUCAUCUUUUAUUAAACAUCAGAGAAUUCAUACUGGAGAGAAACGCUAUAAAUGUAGUGAAUGUGGAAAAGCCUUUAGCCAGAGCACACAUGUUAUUCAGCAUCAAAGAAUCCACACUGGAGAGAAACCCUAUGAAUGUAAUCAGUGUGGAAAAGCCUUCAGUGAAAACUCAUCACUUACUCGACAUCAGAUAAUCCAUUCUGGAGAAAAACCACAUGAAUGCAGUGAAUGUGGAAAAACUUUCCGGCACAGCUCAUCUCUGAAUCAACAUCAGAGAAUCCAUACUGGAGAGAAACCCUAUGAGUGUAGUACAUGUCAGAAAACAUUCAGUUGCAGAUCAUCACUUUCCUUCAGCCGAAGUACUUUGCUUAUCCAACAUCAGAGUAUUCAUACUGGAGAGAAACACUAUAAGUGUAAUGAAUGUGGCAAAGCCUUUACUCAGAGAACACAUCUGAUUCAGCAUCAGCGAAUCCACACUGGGGAGAAACCUUAUGAAUGUAAUGAUUGUGGAAAGACUUUCAGGUACAGAUCAAAUCUUACUCAGCAUCAGAGAAUCCAUACUGGAAAGAAACCCUACAAAUGCAAUGAAUGUGGGAAAGCUUUCAGGGAGAGCUCAUCUCUUAUUCGACAUCAGAUCAUCCAUUCUGGAGAAAAAACAUAUGAAUGCAAAAAAUGUGGGAAAACCUUUAUUCACAGUUCAUCUCUUAGCCAACAUCAUAGGAUACAUACUGGAGAGAAACCCUUUGAGUGUAAUGAAUGUGGGAAAGCAUUCAGUAGUAGCUCAUCCUUUAUUAAACAUAAAAGAAUUCAUACUGGAGAGAAAUGCUAUAAAUGCAGUGAAUGUGGGAAAGCUUUCAGCCAGAGCACACAUGUUAUUCAACAUCAAAGAAUCCAUGCUAGAAAGAAACCCUUUGAGUAUAAGGAAUAUGGAAUAGCUUUCAGUAACAGCUUAUCUUUCAUUAAAAAUGAGAGAAUUAAUACUGGAAAGAAACGAUAUAAAUGUAGUGAAUGUGGAAAAGCUUUCAGCCAGCGCCUACAUGCUAUUCAGCAUCAAAGAAUCCACACUGGAGAAAAACCCUUUGAGUGUAAUGAUUGUGGGAAAGCCUUCAGUAAUAGUUCGUCUUUUAUUAAACAUCAGAGAAUUCAUACUGGAGAGAAACGAUAUAAGUGUAAUGAAUGUGGAAAAGCUUUUACCCAAAGCACACGUGCUAUUCGGCAUCAAAGAAUCCACACUAAAAACAAACCCUUUGGGUGCAAUGAAUGUGGCAAAGCCUUUAGUCAGAGGACUCAUCUUGUUGAGCAUCAGCGAAUCCACACUGGGGAGAGACCCUUUGAAUGUAAUGAAUGUGGAAAAACCGUUAGGCACCAUUCAUCCCUUACUCAGCAUCAGAGAAUCCAUACUGGAGAGAAGCCUUAUGAAUGUAAUACAUAUAGGAAAGCCUUCAGAUCCAGAUCAUCACUUACUAAACAUCAAAGAACUCAUACUGAAGAGAAGUUACAUGAAUGAAAUGCAUGUGAGAAAGCCUUCAAUAAAAAUUUAUCCUUUAUAAACAUGAAAGAAUCCAUAUCAAAAUGAAAUCCUAUAAAUGUUGGCCAGUAAUGUUGACCACAUUGUUUACUUCAGACAUAUUUUUAAAAAGAUACUUAACGAUCCAUGAUUUUAUUAGUGUGGAUAUUCCUUUCGCUCCCUCACAAUCCUUUUUCAUCAGUAGAUAGUUUGGCUCUAGGCUUUGUCCUGUUUCAAGGUCAGGCAGAGCAAGUUUCUGCUUCAUCUAAGAGCUUUUUUCUCCACGAAUUGUUGCUUAUUUUUGCUAAUUUGUUUUUUCAUAUAAAUUUCAUUAUUACUUUGUCUAGUUCUAGAAAAGAAUCCUUUUUGUACAUAGUUGUAUUAAAUUUGUUAAUUAAAUUUGUUUAUAAAUAACUGAUUAAAUGGUGAAAUAUGAA